GAGCAUUUACAUGCCAUCCGUUUGACCGCUUAACAAGUCGUCCGUCCUCCUCUUGUCGCCGUAGUCUCCCGCGGGUGAGCAGUUAAAGCAAACCAAAAAGGACUAAAAUGGCGCUUAGUCAAGGAACAAAGAAAAAAGUUUGCUACUAUUACGACGGUGAUGUUGGAAAUUAUUACUAUGGACAGGGUCAUCCCAUGAAGCCCCACCGCAUCCGCAUGACACACAACUUGCUGCUCAACUAUGGCCUCUACAGAAAGAUGGAGAUAUAUCGUCCACACAAAGCCAGCGGCGAGGAGAUGACCAAGUAUCACAGUGAUGAUUACAUCAAAUUCUUGCGCUCCAUCCGUCCAGACAACAUGUCAGAGUACAGCAAACAGAUGCAGCGGUUCAAUGUAGGAGAAGAUUGUCCAGUAUUUGAUGGCUUGUUUGAGUUUUGCCAGCUCUCAGGAGGCGGCUCUGUUGCCGGUGCUGUCAAGUUGAACAAACAGCAGACAGACAUAGCGAUCAACUGGGCAGGCGGUCUGCAUCACGCCAAGAAGUCUGAGGCCUCUGGGUUUUGCUACGUCAAUGAUAUUGUCCUGGCUAUACUGGAGUUACUCAAGUACCACCAGAGAGUUCUCUACAUAGACAUCGACAUCCAUCAUGGAGAUGGUGUGGAGGAGGCAUUCUACACCACAGACCGUGUCAUGACUGUGUCAUUCCACAAGUAUGGAGAGUACUUCCCUGGCACUGGUGACCUGAGAGACAUUGGUGCUGGGAAGGGCAAAUAUUAUGCUGUGAAUUACCCUCUGAGAGAUGGGAUUGAUGACGAGUCUUAUGAAGCCAUAUUCAAGCCUAUCAUGGCCAAGGUAAUGGAGAUGUACCAGCCCAGUGCUGUGGUUCUGCAGUGUGGCGCAGAUUCUCUGUCAGGCGAUAGACUCGGCUGCUUUAACCUCACCAUUAAAGGACAUGCCAAGUGUGUGGAGUACAUGAAAAGCUUCAACCUGCCUCUCCUCAUGCUGGGAGGAGGCGGCUACACCAUCCGAAAUGUCGCACGCUGUUGGACUUAUGAAACCGCUGUCGCUCUCGAUACGUCAAUCCCGAAUGAACUCCCAUACAAUGACUACUUUGAGUACUUUGGGCCAGACUUCAAGCUGCACAUCAGCCCCUCCAACAUGACUAACCAGAACACCAAUGAUUACCUGGAGAAGAUAAAGCAGCGUUUAUUUGAGAACCUACGCAUGCUGCCCCACGCUCCAGGGGUACAGAUGCAGGCCAUCCCUGAAGACGCCGUACAGGAGGAUAGUGGAGACGAGGAAGAGGAGGAUCCCAACAAACGCAUCUCCAUCCGUGCUCAUGACAAGAGGAUAGCGUGUGAGGAAGAGUUCUCUGACUCGGAGGAUGAAGGUGAAGGAGGUCGCAGAAACACAGCCAACUUCAAGAAGGCCAAGCGAGCCAAGACCGAAGGAGAGAAAGAGAGUGAAGAAAAGGAGAAGAAAGGUGAGGAGGAAACAAAAGAAGUCAAAGAUGAGGAGAAGGCACCAGAUGAGGAGAAAAUGGACACAUCAAAGCCAAAAGAGGAGUCGAAGACACCUUAAGGUCCUCCCCACCUAAUGAUGCCAGCGCUGGGAAGAAAAGAUCUUAAAGCAACAUUGUCUUUUUAUACUUUGUGGUUGGAGGGAGGGGUGGGUUGCUUCCAUGGAAUAGGUUAUAAACUGGGACAGGAUUUUUUUUUUUUUUUUCUUGGACACUUUUCCAAUAUUAUUGUGAGCUGAAAUCAGAAAAUUUGUUUUGUCAAUGCAUCUUCACCCAAACCUUUAAUGUACCAACACUUGCAUUUCCUGCGUCAGACAACUGUUUAAAAAUGACUUGGUUUUAUAUCUCAUGAAUUUAACUUAUUUAAAUCAUAGAUAUUUGGACUCUUUACCCCUUCCUUUUAAAAAACAACAAAAAAAAACAUGUCUUUCAGUCCCAAUUGUGUCCUGUGCCUUUGAGAGUAUAGUUAUUGCAUGUUUGUAUAAUAGAACCUUUUCUAUAAUACUUCUGUCUCAGUAGUCUUCCCUGCUAAAAUUUUCAGGAAUUA